AUGUCUUCCAACUUCUUCGCCAGCCUUGACGCCGAGGCUCCUCAGCUUCCUACUGACAUCCCCGUUGAGUCCACCAAGCACUCCAAGUACUCCUCGAAGAUGAUGCGCAAGAUGGCGCUCACAAACGAGGUCUCAUUCGAGACCACCACCAUCGACACUGGGAGUGGACUUUGGGAGACCACCGGUGCGAAGAAUGGCACCAACAACAAGGAGUAUGAGACGAACAGCAAGUCUGCGACUACGGAGGAGCCUAAGUCCGCUCCAGCUGAGCCAGCCAAGAGACCCAAGAUGGAGGACGCAGCCCUGGACUAUGAAGCGCAGAAGAAGACCAAGAAGGCUGCCAAGAAGCUCAGGCAGAAGAUCAAGAAGGGCAAGGUCUUGCAGGACAAAUCGAGCCAAGGCGACAGCGAAGCUAUGAAGGGCACCGCGGCUACUGAGGCUGAGGCAUCCGGUAGCACUGCCACUCCCACCACUGCCCCGACCAAUAUCACUGCUGGUCUCACAGUUCCGGCUGUCGCAUCCGAAGUCGGCCUGGUCAACCCUGACCAAGUCCAACCCAGCUCUGCCGAAAUUGAGCAUAUCGCCGUUGUCGAUUUCGCUGUUAUCCAUGAGACAGAUGCCAAAGGCCACGCACCAACGAAAGCUACCGCAACCACCACGAUCCGGCUUGCUCCGCCAGGCAGUAUCGUAGUCCCUCGCAAGAACACCUCCGCGAACAAACGCAAGAAGGAGAAUGCGAAGAAGGCUCAGGAGGCCAAAAAGAAGGCGGAGCUUCGAACAGCGAGUAAACAGAAGUGGAUGAAGGGUUUGGGCAGUAUCUUCUUCCUGUGCAUGGCGCUCUGGGUCAUGUACAUGUCCUUUUCCCGCGGUUGA